AUUCCUGCUCCGAGCGUCUGUCCCGCCUGCUUCUCCGAAGGGACCUGCGCCUCCUUGCGAAGCCAUUGUCAGACCCUCGGCGCGUCGCGCACCGCUCGGACUGAGGUUCGAGUACAGUCGUGCGAUCCCCGGUUUCAGGGUCGAGGUUUACGACGCGCGAUGCGUUCGGCGUCGCGCGAUGCAGUUUCGGAACGGAUCUGGCCGGCGUGGAUCCGCAUUGCCGUCGUCAGCAUCGUGCUGACGUGGCAGUUGGGAGAGAAUGGCGUGGCAGCGGACGUUAUCGGAUGCGGGGGCUUUGUUCAGGCAAGCAAGGAGCUCGCCUCGCUGCGUGCAGAUUCCGAUGCCUCCUUCGACUACUCACGCCUCGUGGUGGAGCUGCGAACGCAGGAGGGCAUGGUGAAGGAGCAAGCGCACUGCGCGCCAAACGGGUACUACUUCCUGCCGGUCUACAAUCAGGGAACGUUUGAGCUGUCAGUGAGGGGACCCCCUGGGUGGUCGUUUGAGCCGGAGAGUGUGCCAGUGACGGUCGAUUCGGAGGCGUGCAACGGCAACAGGGACGCCAACUUCCACUACAAGGGCUUUGGAUUGGCUGGCAAGGUGCUUGGCCCCAGCAGCCCCUCCUGUGGCGCCCCCUCCACGGGCCCUGCUGGCGUGACUGUGACUCUAACGAGGGGUGGCAGUAAGGAGGGAGAGGCUGGGGUGGUGGUGGCAACUGCGGUGUCGGAUGGGAGCGGUGCCUUCCACUUCUCCAACCUGCUUGUUGCCACGUACACUCUCUCUGCCUCCCACCCGUCCUGGCCCAUUAAGACUAUCGGCAAUCCCAAGGUGGAUCUGGGGUGGGGCAGCCUGGAGCUGCCGGAUCUCUUCCAAGUGGCGGGCUACGAUUUGUCGGGCUCGGUUGAAGCACAGGGUAACCCAGUCCCAGGGGUGCAGAUUUUCCUCUUUUCUGGCUCCGUCCAGAACAUUCCUACCUGCCCGGCUGGCCCGGGCAGCUCUCCCGUGCCCGGAAAAACUUCUCUCUGCCACACCACUACGGGUGCCGACGGGCGGUUCUCAUUCCGCGAGCUGCCAUGUGGCGCGUUCUCAUUGGUCCCGCAGUACAAGGGCGAGGCUACGGUGUUUGACAUGGCACCCAAGGAAAUGGCAGUGGCAGUGGGACACGCUGACGCAGUUACCGCAGAGCCGUUUCAGGUCCGGGGCUUCUCUGUGUCUGGUCGGGUGGUGGACAGUGCAGGGGAGGGCGUGGAGGGAGCAACGGUGCUUCUCAACGGCCAAACACGAGCCGUCACAGAUGCUAAGGGCCACUACACCCUGGACCAGAUAACAUCGGGCCAGUACGCCUUAUCCGCCAUCAAGCCGCGCUACUCCUUCGCCCCCCUCCCAGCCCUCUCGAUUGUCCCCUCCGCCUCUCUCCUCCCCCCCUUGCGCGCGUCGCACUACGAGCUAUGUGUCGCCGCGCUAUUGGACGAGGGGUCCGCGUUUGUUGCGGGCGGCAGGCAGGUGGCGCUGACGGGAGGAGAGGGCGUGUCUCCCCAGGCAAAGAAGAGUGACGCUAACGGGCGUGUGUGCUUUAUGGUCCCCCCAGGCACCUACCAGCUCGCCCCAGUUGUCCUACCAGCAGAGGCAGCAGCAGGGCUGGCCUUUGCCCCACCCCUCGCCACCGUUACAGUCGCAUCCAAGCCCGUCGCAGGGGUCUCCUUCAGCCAAUCGCAUCUCUCCGUGUCCGGCCGUGUGGUCUGCAUCGACGGCUGCGAUCGCUCCGUCCGCGUCUCUCUCACUCGCAUCGGGCCGUUGACUGGUUCUGCUGAAUCUGCGGCUGCUGCUGGUGUUGCGCCUCGCUCUCUCUUUUUGAAGGAGAAAGAGGGGUCGUUUCUGUUUGAAAAAGUGGUUCCUGGGAAAUACAGAAUCGAGGCGUCCAAGCAGGUGAUCCAGGGCAGUGACAUGGCGGGCGACGAGUGGUGCUGGAAGGCGCAGUCCGCUGACGUGGCGGUCUCCGAUUCGUCGGUGGAGGGCGUGGUGCUGGAGCAGAGCGGAUGGAGGGUGGAGAUUGAAGCAGCGAUGGAGGACACGGUCAGCCUGGUGCAUCAGGAAGGACAAAUGCCAGCUGUCAAGCUCAAGAAAGGGCGGCAGCAUUUGUGUGUGCCGGCCAGUGGCAGCUACAGCCUCGUCUUCCCGGAUAGCUGCGCGUCGUAUGGGGAGGGUGUCUACUACCACACUCAGGAGGUCAAGGGGAUUCGCCUGCAACCGUCAGCUUACAAAGUAUCCGGUCUAGUCCAAGUGAACUCCACUCUCUUCCCGCCUGCUGACACCAUCUCCGCCCACGCCUUUGCUCGCCUCUUCAGCCCCAGCAACGGCUCCCUGCUCUCCCACUCCGCGCUCACCCUCGUGUCCCCCCCCAACGGCACCCACCCUGUGGCUGUGUACGCGCACGAGCACUGGGUGGAGGGCGGGGGCGAGCUGCUUAUAGGGUUUUACCACGAUGGGGAGGUGGGGAGCGAGGCCACAACUACGAUGGACGACGUGGCGGACGAGCUGAAAAGUGCACAUAUCUCUACCCUGGAGCGCGAGGAGGCACCCGGUGCAGAUGGCUCGCCGCCCUUCCCCCCUCGCAAGCGCCUUCUCUUCUACCCUCGCUCCCUCAAGGUGCAAGUCACGCCUCUCCAGUGCCCCCCUCCGCUCCCCCUAGUAGAGGCCCGCCCCGGCCGCUACCUCACAGGCUGGCUCUUCCCCCCGCUGCCACGUGUCAACGUCUCAGUGGUCGCUGACGCUGACAGUGCGAAUGCGGGGUGGGGCAAGGGGCAGGUGGUGACGUGGAGUGAGACGGUGGGGCGAGUGAGGGGGAUGGAAGGGGAGGGGAGUGAGGGGGGGAGUGGGGAGGAGGGAGGAGCAUCGGUGGUGGGGGAGGGGAGGAAGCAUGGAGGGGUGGAGGGGGAAAUGUUUGUGGUCGGACCUUUGAACGAUGAUGCCUCUUAUCACAUCGAGUUGUCUAAGACCGGGUACAUUUUCAAGCCGUUAGGAGACAACUCGUUUGAAGCACAGAAACUCGCUUCAAUCACAGUCAAGAUCGCCACACCUGCAGCAGCUGCCGCUGCUGGUGCCUCCUCGGCCAAUGAGCCGCUGCCAUCUGUCCUCCUCUCACUCACUGGAGACAACAGCUUCAGGCGCAACGAGGCUACAGCGGCCGGGCAGAAUGUUUUCGCCUUUGAGGGUUUGUUUCCGGGCAGCUACUUCCUGCGGCCCGUGCUGAAGGAGUACGAGUUUUCGCCGGCUGCCCGCCCGAUUAAUUUGCAAUCCGGGCAGGAGGUCGAUGUGGAGUUCUCUGCAAAAAGGGUCGCCUUCAGUGUGCUGGGUUCAGUGCGCUCCCUCUCAGGUGCCCCAGAAGCAGGCGUGCAGGUUGAGGCGAGGGAGGUGGUAUCUGGGGGAGGCGGCUCCCAAUCGCACUACGAGAUGGCAGUGACGAAUGAGGAUGGAUCUUUCAGGCUGAGGGGGCUGCGACCGGGCGGCACUUACGCUGUGGAGGUGGCAGUGAAGGCCGGUGCGUCAAAGGACGGCACAUCUCUCCCUCGAUUCGAGCGUGCAUCGCCAACCCAGGCGCUGCUGACAAUCACAGGCGAUGUCUCCAACGUCGACUUUGUGGUCUUCAACUCACCCCCGGGUGUGACUAUAACGGGGGCAGUGAGCGGCAAAGACACAGCCACGUGGCUCCCCAACCUCUUUGUCGACCUCUUUCCCAGCGUGACUGUAUCCGCAAGUGACAAUACCGAAGGGACUGGUCCCAGCAGCAGCAGCAGCAACAACGGUGCAGCAGCAGCGGAAGCAGGAAGCUCAGAAGAAGCUUCCUCUUCUGCGGUCUUCUCUGCCACUCCCAUUCGCUCUAUCCCUGUUCCCCUCUCGCGAUUCUUCGAGUUUCGCGACCUGCCCAGGGGCAUGUACCUGGUGAAGCUGCGUCUCGGGCUGCCCGGAAAGUCUCACGUGUUUGAGAGCGAGGGGGGGGAGGUGGAUGUGAGGGAGGCGGUUACUGGGCACGUGGGGACUCUGCGUUUCCGAGCAGAGGAGAGGCGGCUGAAUGAGGACCUUGCACCGACCCCGCUUCUUCCAAUGCUGCUCGCAAUUGCUGUUAUCUCUGUGGUCGCCUCCCUGCCCAAGCUGCAGCAGUGGGCUUCAGCUGCAGGAGCAGCAGCCAGUGGAAGCACGACACCUGGCUCAGCAACAACUAGCGACAGCUCAGCUACAACUGGUGGUGGUGGUUGGGGGGGCUCAAGUGGCGACGGCAGGGGGAAGAACGAGGUUCGUAGACCUAGUGUGAGGCGCAGAGCGUAAGUUCCAAUGAUAGGUGGAACUUUGAAAACGUGAUAUGCUCAUUGGCAGUCAAUACAACACACUUGUUCAUGCUUAGUUCUUUGAAGUUGAUACUAAUCCUGCAACCCGAUUUUUAGUGUAGUCAGUUAUCGACACUGGCCUCAACUACGA